UCCCGCUGUACGAGCCCCUUAUCACUUUCCCUGCUUGAUAUCACUCAGUCACGAUGGUCUCCGAGGCUCCCAAACCCCCGACGCUGCGGCGAUCAUGCCAAGCCUGCGCGCGCGGCAAACGGCGCUGCGACCAGCGGUGGCCACGCUGCAGCCGGUGCCAGGCCCGGCGCAUCGACUGCGAAUACAUCAACGUACCUCUGACCGUGACCAACACCCCCACAGCCACCAGCAGCAGCAAAAACAGAAGUCUCAUCCACACGACCACAGCCCACACCUCCAGACCGCACCAAGCAACCACACCCAGGAGAACCCCAACAAUACCACGACUACUCCCGCUCGAAAUCACAAAAGGCUACUCAGCACCAGUAAUCACCUUCCUAAUCAACAGCAUGCGCGAGUACCCAGUGACCUUCGCCUCGGAGCAAAAAACGCACUUCAUCCACCCCGACCUCUGGCCCAGCUCGACCCCACCGGUGCCCAUCCAAGAAGCGUACGCCCUGUGUAAACAGUACGCUUCCUCCCCUUCACAAAAGCAUAGAGCCCUGCUCCAUCCAAUCCUAGACCAAAGGUCCCGGUCUUUGCACCGCCAACUCACCCGCGCAUCCACCUUCCCGGACCUGCUAGCCUGCGCGCAAGCGCUGCUUCUCAUUCAAUGCAUCGUCCUCUUGUCUCCAAGCCCUUAUUCCCAAGGAAUAGGAAGUGAGCAAGAGGGAAAGUAUCAAGAGUCUAUCAGCGCGAUGCUGCUUGAUCUCGGCCACAGGCUGUGGGUGCAGGCGCCCGUGCAGCUGCCGCACACGCUUAGCCCGCGCCGCGCGUGGCUGUUCGCUGAGAGCGUGCGCCGGACUAUUAUUGUCGGGUUUAUGUUGCGGAGUGUGUAUUCGCUGCGGACGAGGAAUUAUUCUGUGCGUACGCCGUUUGUGGAUGCGUUGCCGUUUGAUGUGCGGACGGGGUUGUGGGAUGCUGAGGGGGUGGAGGGGGUGGAGCUGGCUGAGGGGGUUGCGGGAGGGGCAGGGCUGUGGGGUCCGAGUGAGGGCGCCAUGGUCUCGUUGCAUGGGUACUCGAGUAUGUUGGAGCAGGGUCAGGUGCAUGGUAUUGGGCCCUUCGCGGGGUUGAUUCUGGCGGCGUGUCGUGGGAGAAGGGUUGGCGAGGUGGCUUUUCCUGCUGUUGCUGCUUCGUGAACGGUGACGGUCCAGCGUGUGGGCUGGUCCUGAGAGUGGGUUGGGGCGAGUGUACGAUUUUGUAAGUUGAAUAAAAGCAGGCUCUAUAUUCUAUAUGCAAGGCAAAGCAAU